CAGAAAUAUAAUUAAAGCAGCAUCGAUCUAAUUAGAAGAUUAUAAUUGUCUAACUAUGGCUUUGGCCCUGAAGUUCUUUGUUAUAAAUAUUGUCAUAAUGGCUUUGGCAUCUUCACCUAGCACUGCCUCCGAUCCUAGUCCCUUGCAGGAUUUUUGUGUUGCUGUUAAUGACUCUAAAGCAACUGUUUUUGUCAAUGGAAAAAUUUGCAAGGAUCCGAAACUUGUCACUGCUGAUGACUUCUUCAGACCAGGCUUAAACGUUCCUGGAAAUACGUCAAAUCAACUUGGAUCAGUUGUAACUGCUGUGAACGUGAACAAUUUGCCUGGACUAAACACUCUUGGCAUUUCUUUAGCUCGUGUUGAUUUUGCACGACGUGGUCUUAAUCCGCCUCAUACACAUCCUAGAGGAACUGAGGUUCUUGUUGUUCUUAAGGGAAGACUCUAUGUUGGUUUCGUCCUUUCUAACCCUGGCCCAAAUAUGAAGAACAAGUUACUCACCAAGAUUUUGAAUCCUGGCGAUGUCUUCGUUUUUCCUCAGGGUCUUAUCCAUUUUCAACUUAAUGUGGGAAAGACUAAUGCUAUUGCAUUUGCUGGUCUCAGCAGCCAAAAUCCAGGAGUUAUCACUAUUGCAAAUGCAGUAUUUGGCUCAGAUCCGCCAAUUAAUGAUGUUGUCCUUGCUAAAGCAUUCCAAGUUGGCAAGAAAACAAUUGAUCAUCUUCAAGAACAGUUUUGGUGGGAUAAUAACUAAAAGUAUAAACCAAUUACUCGUGGACUCGUGGUUGUUUCUUGAAACAUUUACUCGUGGUUGUUUCUUGAAACAUACCAUUUGAUGAUGUUCUUACAUGUUAUGAAGAUAUAGUAUUAUAUGUCAAUAAGAUUGAAUAUUGGUCUUUUGGACUGAUUUUCAUUCA